AUGAUUAGACAUGAUGCCAGGUGGUCAUACGUUCGUGAGGGAAGAAACACAGCACAUGUUGUGACCCCCGAGGCGGACAAAGAUCAAUAUUUUUUGCUCUCGCCGAAUCUCGAUGUUACUGAAAGAUCCAGCAGCCCCAGCGCACGCGACCUCCGGAAGUGCAUCAAAUCGACGAAAUCUCCGGGUGAACUGCUGGCCGUUCUGAAGCAUGCGGAUGAAGAGGUGGCAGUUGAACAAGACACUUUGGGGACCGCGAUGCAAACGUGUGGGCAUCGUAUGUGGUGGGACGCUCUUCUGGAGGUCUUUGAAAUGAAAAACAAGCUGCGUUUGCAAAUUCGGUAUACAAGCAUCGUUUUCAAUGCCUUGGCGUGCUGUUUGAGGUGUGACGCAGAGAAAGUUUCUGCUUGCCAGCUGUUGCAAAGGAAGGAGAUUGCGGUGGACCUGGCAAAGAAGGUUUGGCAAGAAGCACAUGUUCAGAACCCCCGAGACUUUAAUAACAGCAUUAGCGCAGCUUGGAAACUUUGUCGUUUAGCCGGCACACAAGAAGCUUUCAAGUGGGGAGAUGAGAUCUGGCACUGGACUGAAUCGCAGCGCUGGUCUUUGAAUUUGAUCUCAUACUCUUGCCUCGUGACAGCUUGGAUUUGCUUUCUUCGUCCGUUUUUUCCUUUAAUCAUGUUUGGCUGUGGUUACGCUUGUUUUGAUUGA